AAAAAAAAAAACAGAGAUGACUACUAAAUUCACGGUGUUGCCACUCUCUGCUCUUCUCCUUCUCUUAAUCCUCUGCACUGAAACGUUGGCUAAGUCAGACCAGCCGGAAGAAAACGACGUCGCUGCAGUACCUUCAUGUUGCGGGUUUUCGUCGCCUCUUCUGAUAAAGAAAGAUCAAUGGAAACCACUCUUCUCGACCAAGUUCGGACAUAUCUCGACCGUUCAAAUCGGCGAUGGAUGCGGCGGGAUGGGGCCUUACAAAAUACAUUCCAUAACGCUCGAACCAAACUCGCUUUUGCUCCCUCUUCUUCUUCAUUCCGACAUGGUCUUCUUCGUCGACUCUGGAAGUGGGAUUCUGAAUUGGGACGGGGAGGAAGCGACGAGUACGGAGAUAAGACGAGGGGACGUUUACAGGCUACGUCCCGGUACGGUUUUCUACUUACAGAGCAAACCGGUGGAUGUCUUCCUUGGAAUCAAACUUAGGGUUUACGCAAUCUUCUCCAACGCCGAGGAGUGUUUACAUGAUCCUUGUUUUGGUGCGUAUUCAAGUAUCACGGAUCUCUUGUUUGGCUUUGAUGAAACAAUUCUCCAGUACGCUUUUGGGGUUCCUGAGAAGAUUAUAGGGUUGUUGAAGAACCGGACGCAACCGCCAUUGAUCGUGCAAGAUAUGUUGAGCACACCUGGUGAGGCCAACGCCAACACGUGGCAGCUCAAACCGCGAUUACUCAAACUCUUUGCCGGCAAAGAUGUAAGCGCAGACUCGACGAUGGGACCAGAAGAGAACAAGAAGAAGGAUAAGGAGAAGGAGAAGGAGAAAGAGAAGGAAAAGGAGAAAGAGAAGAAGAAGAAGGCUAAGAAAGCAAAGACAUUCAAUGUUUUUGAGUCCGAACCGGAUUUUGAGAGUCCUAACGGUCGUAGUAUAACGAUUAACAGGAAGGAUCUAAAAGUCUUAAAAGGCUCAAUGGUUGGAGUUUCCAUGGUAAAUCUAACUCAAGGAUCGAUGAUGGGACCACAUUGGAACCCAUGGGCUUGCGAGAUUUAUGUUGUGACGAAAGGAUCAGGUAUGGUUCGGGUGCUUAGGUCUUCGAUUUCAAGAUCAUCAUCGGAGUGCAAGAACCUGAGGUUUAAGGUAGAGGAAGGAGAUAUAUUCGCAGUUCCACGGUUACAUCCAAUGGCUCAAAUGUCUUUCAUCAAUGAGUCGUUAGUGUUCGUUGGGUUUACUACUUCGGCUAAGAAUAACGAGCCGCAGUUCUUAGCCGGGAAGAACUCGGCUUUGUGGUCUCUAGACAGGGAGGUAUUGGCUACGUCGUUUAAUGUGAGUAGUGAGAUGAUUGGUGGAUUGUUGGAAGCUCAGAAGGAAGCGGUUAUGUUGGGAUGUCCUUUUUGUGCGGAAGGAGAGUUGGAGAGGCUUAAGGUGGAGAUAGAGAUUAAGAAGAGAGAUGAUGAGAGGAAGAAAGAAGAAGAAGAGGCCGAGAAGGAAGAGGAAGAGAAGAGGAAACGAGAAGAAGAAGAAGAGGCCAAGAAGGAAGAGGAAGAGAGGAAGAAACGAGAAGAAGAAGAAGAAGAAGAAGAGAAGAAGCAGUGGCCGCCUCAGCCUCAGCCUCAGCCUCAGCCUCAGCCUAAGCAACCACCACAACCUUUCCAACCACAACCACCACAAGAAGAACCACAAGAACCGCAACCAUCGAUAGAGACUAAGAAGAGAGAUGAUGAGAGGAAGAGAGAACAAGAAGAGGCGAGGAAGGAAGAGGAAGAGAGGUGGAAACGAGAAGAAGAAGAAGAGAAGAGGUGGUGGCCGCAUCAGCCACAGUGGCAAGCCGGAGAAGGUGGAGAGAACACCGAGAGAAAGCUUUAAGUCAAGAGUGUUUUGGUUGUUGUUGAUGGUCGAAAGUUUGGUUUUGAUGUCUCUUGUUUUCUUCUCUUUUUUGUAUCCUUUUGUUUAUUUGUAAUGUCUUUUGUUUUGUUUUGCUUUGCUUUCUUCUUUUUUUUUCGUUUCAUGUUUACGUUCGUAUUAUGUUGUGUUUAAAUGUUUGUAGAUGCGGAGCGUGAAAUAGUCAAAGAUUUCCUAA